AUGGCUCAAUCAUCAACAACAAGUCUGUUUUAUUAUUCUUGUCGUAAUGGAAAACUCGAUGAGGUAUCUGAACAAUUACCUAAAAUGACAUUAGAAGAAAUAGAUCAAGUUCAAGCGAAUGGUUCCACUGCUCUUCAUGCAGCGUGUUACUAUAAUCAUGUAGAAAUUGUGAAAUUAUUAUUGAAACGAGGUGCAAGUCGCUCCAUACAAAACGUGCACAAGUGUUUGCCAUAUGAUGAAGCCGAAAAAGAAGAAAUAAAAAAGCUAUUUGUUCGUGAAACAUCGAAUCGAUUUAACGACGAUGGAACCGGUCAUAUUGAUUGGAUGAAAUGUGAUCAAGCAGCAGAGGAACUAGCGCAUGAAUAUCGAUUUCGUCAUGCUGGAUUCGGUUGGAAAAAGAAAGAUAUUGAUCGGCGAAUGAAAUGUAUCAAAGAAGAAAUGUCUCAUACAGACGAUGAAAAAGUCGGUCGAUUUCUCACUCGUGCAGAAUUAGAUCAAAAUCCCCUUUAUCUUUUGAAAGCAUAUACAGUUGAAUCGAAUUUUUAUAAAAAAUUGAACAAAGAUCUAGCUACAAAACAUUUCGAUCAGGGAACCAAUUCUGGUAUUGUUUAUUUCAUUGAUUUCUUUUUCAAUUGUCCAGAUUUAGCAAAAUUGUCGUUCAAAGGUAAAGUUUAUCGUGGUAUGCUUAUUACACAGGAUGAUCUUAAACAGUAUGGUAUUGGAGGCAAAGUAAUGAAUAAAGCAUUUAUGUCGACAACAAGAGAUCGAAAUAUAGCGGAAGGUUUUGCGAGAAAUGAACUUAUUCAUCGUGCAACAGCCCAUGGUCAACAAGUGAAAAUGGCUGCUUUGUGCGCAUACGAAAUUAUCAACGAUCGAACAGGUCUUGAUAUUGAACAAGUUUCAGAGUAUGUCAUAGAGAGGGAAGUACUCGUGGGUCCAUACACAGCAUUCGUGAUAAGCAACAUACGGAAAGUUCGCUCAGAUUAUGUAGAAAUUGAUCUUCGUGAAUGCGAAAAAGUCAAUGAAGAAGAAGAAUUUGACGAUGAAGACUAA